UCCCGGUAUCGCACGUUGUGUAUUACAUGUACAGUCCCCAGUACGUACUGAGACAACCAAGCACACAGACAGACACACAUGUCAACUUUACCGUGCCAGAAAAUGAAGCUGCAUUCCCCUUACGUUCGCGGCGUGAACGGAUCGUGAUAUCAGGCGGGCACUGCUCCCAAUUAUACCGGGUUAGGCGGAGGAUCAUUCCCUUGUAACAGCGGCGAAUAGGAUAUAAUAUACACACGGUACAAUCUACCGGGUGUCCGCGGCGCUGUGUACGGUAAGAGGGAGGCGGUAUCACCGAGGACUGUUCCUCACAGCCUCGGUGGAUUGGAAUUAAGCGAUGGGGAAGAAAAACAGCAAGCUGGAGCCCUCGCUAGUCAAGGAACUGACGGCGAAAACCUACUUCACUGAAAAGGAGCUUCAACAAUGGCACAAAGGUUUCCUUAAAGACUGUCCAAACGGGACACUAAAUGAAGAGGAAUUCCAGAAAAUCUAUAAACAGUUCUUCCCGUUCGGGGACCCCUCGAAGUUUGCAUCAUUUGUCUUCAAAGUUUUUGAUGAAAACAAGGACGGCACAAUAGAGUUCCGAGAGUUUAUCUAUGCCUUGUCUGUAACGUCCAGGGGCAGUCUGGAGGAAAAACUAGAAUGGGCGUUCCGGUUGUACGACCUUGACCAAGACGGGUACAUAACGAGAGACGAGAUGAUCAGUAUAGUCACAGCCAUAUACGAGAUGGUGGGAAACAUGGUGAAGCUACCAGAAGAGGAGAACACACCAGAGAAGAGGGUAGAUAGAAUCUUUGCCCUUAUGGACAAGAAUGGAGAUGGGAGGUUGUCGAUGGAAGAAUUUCAGGAAGGCUCCAAAUCAGACCCGUCCAUUGUCCAGGCUCUCUCUCUUUAUGACGGCCUGGUGUAGGAGCCACAGAAUGUACAGAAAGAUGCAGGUCUCUAUGCAGUGUACAGUCAGUCAGACAGUCUUGCCAACAAGAACAUAUGUCACAGCCACGUGGUGUUGGAGAAAUGAGAAGGGAAUAUGAACACUAGCCUCUAGCAGGUUUCGGGAGGCGACUGGAAAGAGUAGAAAUUGGCCAAAUAGAGAGUUGGUCCGCUAGACUCAUUUUGUACAGUUUG